AUGGAGCAAUCUCAAGUGCCUCGUGAUACUUCCAUUGAAACGGUUUGGUCUUUCGAUUGGGAAUGGGCUGACGCGACUCCAGCUCCGACAGCAACUCCAGGAUAUCGAGAUUACCAUGCUUCGAGCCGUACACUGUCAGGUCUUUUUGCAGGUCUGACGCUUGGUAUCAUGUCUUUAGAUAUAACUGGUUUAGAGAUUGUUAUAGCUAGUGGGUCUCCAUCGGAAUCAAAGUAUGCAAAAAAGAUCUAUCCAGUUCGUCAACGUGGUAAUCUACUGCUGUGUACGCUAUUGCUUGGAAAUGUAUCUGUAAAUACGCUGCUCUCUAUUCUUAUGGCCGAUAUGACCUCUGGUUUCGUUGGUUUCCUCUUGUCGACAGCUAUCAUUUUGAUUGCCGGUGAGAUUAUACCACAGGCUGCAUGCUCGCGUCACGCGCUCGCCGUCGGUGCACACACCAUCUGGAUUGCACUCGAUGUGAUGCUCGGUAGCGAGAUGGGUACGAUCUACUCGCGUCAGCAGUUGAAGAAGCUGCUCGACAUCCACAGCACCCACGCACAAGAGUCGGGUGUCUCGCGUUCCGACGUCACCUUGUUGACCGGUGUACUCGACUUUGCCCAGAAGAAAGUUAUGCAGGUGAUGACACCUCUCGAGAAAGUGUUCAUGCUCGACAUCGACACGAAACUCGACACUCAUACACUAACAUCGAUUCUCGAGAACGGACACAGCAGAAUGCCAGUGUACGACGGCGAGCGUACAAACAUUGUCGGUUGUCUUUACAUGCGUGAUCUCGUUAUUCUCAACCCAGAGGACAACGUUCCACUGAGGACCGUACUCGGUCUCUUCCACAGACAACUACUGAAAACAUGGCACGACACUACUCUCGAACAGAUGCUAAAUGAAUUCAAAACUGGUAAAUCUCACAUGGCUAUCGUACACAAAGUAAACAGUGAAGGUGAAGGUGAUCCAUUCUACGAGAAUCUCGGAAUCAUUUGUCUCGAAGAUGUAUUGGAAGAAAUACUUCAAGAUGAAAUCUUGGAUGAAGCUGAUAACUAUGAAAAUACUACAAGUGUUGAUUACAAGACAAUCAGUAGUUUCCAUGGACAAGCUAAAAGAACUACAAGUAAGCUAUCACCACAACAAGUGACUGCCAUCUAUUCUUUCCUCUCUGGAAGCAUGCCAGAGUUUGCUUCCAAGCUGAUAUCGGAGCAGGCAUUCUCAAAGAUGUUGUCCAGUAAGGGUGUUAUUGUUGGUGAGUUUGAGCGUCCCAAGAAGGGUGACACUGUCAUCUACAAUCGUGGUGUCGUCGAUGAGUACUUCACUAUCGUCCUGCAAGGAAAGUUGGAGAUCAAGUCGGGUAGCGAAGGAUUCGUCAGUGAGGGUGGUCCUUUCACUACACUCGGUGUCAACGCACUAAAGACCGAGCAAUUCACUCCGGAAUUCACUGCUCGCGUCAUCUCUCACUCCUGUCAGUUGUUGCGUAUCAGCAAGAGUGCCUACGACACUGCUAUGCGUGCCACUGCCGACGAGUACAACAGCCACGUCUUUAAGAAACACAACAACGACAUCGAUUCGACAUCGAUCACCACCUACCACAUGGCAACCUCUGGUUCCAACUCGUUGGUCGACGACGAACCAAUCUCACCGCCACACCCACCAGCCAACCAACUUAGCUUUCGUGGCUCCCCAAAUACCUCAGCAAACAACGUCAACAACAACAACAACAACAACAACGGACUGAGUAGUGGUUUAAGUAAAUCAAAUAGUGCAACCAACAACACCAUUCUCAAUAACAAUGUAUCCAAUAAGACAACUACAACCACCACAACCAACAACACUCACUCUGUAAUCGAUGUAUCAUCAGAAGACGAAGAUGAUGUAGGUGGUAGAAAACCUUUUCUUCAUCACCAACCACAUUAA